AAAGCAGCGUUUGUUUAUGGAAGAAUCACCGAUUUCGCGUUUUUUGAGUUUCUGAAAGUCUCUCUCUCUCUCUCUCUCUCUCUCUCAAACCCUUGCGUACUCUGCAAUCGAACAUUCUUCUUCAAUGGCUAACAGCAAUCUACCUCGAAGAAUCAUCAAGGAAACUCAACGUCUCCUGAGCGAACCUGCGCCGGGAAUAAGUGCGUCGCCUUCAGAAGAUAACAUGCGGUACUUUAAUGUCAUGAUUCUUGGUCCAACACAGUCUCCUUAUGAAGGAGGGGUUUUCAAGCUGGAAUUGUUUUUGCCUGAAGAAUACCCAAUGGCUGCCCCCAAGGUUCGAUUUCUCACCAAAAUCUACCAUCCUAACAUUGAUAAGCUUGGAAGGAUAUGCCUUGAUAUUCUUAAAGACAAAUGGAGUCCCGCUCUUCAGAUUCGAACUGUACUCUUGAGCAUUCAAGCACUUUUGAGUGCUCCAAAUCCAGAUGAUCCUCUAUCUGAGAACAUUGCAAAGCAUUGGAAAAGCAAUGAAGCUGAAGCCGUUGAAACAGCAAAGGAAUGGACCCGUUUAUAUGCAAGUGGUGCAUGAUGAAAAUGGUGACCAGGUUCUCCGCAAUUAACAUAAUAUGCAAUGUAUCCUAUUGACCGUUGAAUUUAAAUGAAAAUUUGAAAGAAUUGAUGGUCAGAUGAUUCGAAUUGAGUAUUCUCCAAGCUUCCAACUACUGCUGAUGACCUUGGAUCCUUAUCUUGAAAUUGUAUAAUUAUAUAAGAUGCUCUGUGUCUUUUGAUCAUGGAUUUUUAAUUAGUGCUGUGACUUCUUUUUUUUCCGUUUUUUUUUUUCCUUCUUAUUCUUCUUUCUUUUCUUUUGUUGUUUUUUUCUUUCUUUUGUAUAAUUAUAUAAGAUGCUUCUGUGUCUUUUGAUCAUGGAUUUUUUAAUUAUUCUAUGGGAGCUGGGGAUUAGUGCUCUGACUUUCUUUA